AGAGUUUUCAAUUGCCGAUCAACAGUUCAACUCUAUUACCGGUUCCCUGGCAAACGGUCAAGCUUCGGAUUGUAAUUGGAUGUUUGAUGUUUUAGUCACGCCGCCGGAUGCCAAUGAUAUGCCCCAGGACAUGUUUUCCAUGGCGUUGACUGAUCCGAAUUGGGAACCAUAUCCAACACUAGGAGAUGGAGCCACUGAGUUCAAUUCUCAUGAAAACUCGCUAUUAGGCAUUGAAGAUGGAGUGUGGUACUUUGAACCAGGCCCAAGCCACAUGGAUCAUGCUGGUCAAGCUUUAAAUGAGUCGGUGGGGAAAGCAGGGAAAACAUUAUCCAAAGGCUGGAAUGGAAAGAAGCGCAAGUCUCGAGAACCCAUAAUCCUCACUCAAGGGAAACAAGCUGAAACUGAAAGAAUGAAGAGAAGAGAGAAGCUGAUAAAAAGUAUCGGGCAGAGCUUAAGAUAGAGUUAAGUCAGCUGAGGAAGAUGAAGCUGCAGUAUGAUAAACUGAUGGUAAUAGUGUCCAGAUUUGGGGGAAUUGUCCAAAUGGAGUCAUUUAUUAACCACAGUAUACGCAUCAACUCUGAGUUACUUAGACUGCAGCCAAAGCAGGACAAGGAAUUGGAGGCCAUGUCCCACAAGCACGGAGGAAUGGAGAACAUGGGUUCCAUAGUGUUGGUUAAAUUGAAGAAUAUGGUGGCAGAAUCUCGAAAAGUAAAUGAAAUGAAAUCAAAGUUGGGAAUUCAGGAAACAGAAUCCAUAGUGGAGAAAUACAAGGAAAUGGAGGUCGAGUUACAGGGCCUCAAGCAAAAAUUACAUAAUCAAAAGGAACUGGAAUCCUUUCCCUUUCCGCUAUCUCCUGGUAGUCGACAGCAAAAGGAUAUGUAUGAAGGACAAGUGGAAGAUUUCAAACGAUUCGAGGAAUUGAUGUCUAAGUUUGGUGGCAUUGACAAAAUGGAGUACAUGUUGGAUAAAUUCCCUGAAAUGGAGAUCGAGCUAAGCAGCCGUAAGCAAAGAGAGGAGCAAUUGCAAUUGCAAAAGGAAUCUCCUGGACCUGGUAGUCUCCAGAUUGGGACAAUGAUUGAGUUGCAGUAUUCUGAUGUGGUUGUGGAUCAACUAAUCCAAAGCCUUGCAGAUGACAAUGUUCCAAGCAAAUCGGACGACCUUGACAGUUUUGAUAACUUGUUGGAUGGAGACAGGGAAAUCGUUGGCAAGUAUAAAAUCCCAACGCCUCUGGUCUCUACUGCUCAAAAUAUCUUCAACGUGUAUGGUGAUAUUACCAGAAAAAGCAAAUUCAGUGUCCACGCUGUUCAGAACAUAUUCGUUUUGUUUUGUGCUGCCAUAAAGGAGAUGAGUGAUCGGUCGCUUGAACUAGUUACGGAAGAGAUUAUAUGGAAGUUGAGAGACCCCAUCAUGGAUGCAAAACGCAGUGAAUUUGACGUCGAAUUUGCCAUGGAAUAUUUGAAAACAAUCGCUCAAGGCUAUUUCGGUCUCAAAGCACGCAGCGAUUGCGAUAACCUGAAGCAGGCGGUUGCAUGUUUAAGGGCCGAAGAAGAAGCUUUGAUACAGGAGCUUGAGAAGAAGUCACAAGAGAUAAAGGAAAAGGAAACAAAACAGAGGUGUUUGGCGUCGGAGAAGUGUAGGAUUUGCCGAGAAUACGCUAAUAAGAUCAUGUGUAAAACUAUUAGCAUUUUCUAAAUAAUUGUGUGGAGAGAACCCAAAAUUUAUCA